AUGGACACCAACGCGGUUCUCCGCUUCGAAGACAUCUUUCAUCAUUGCGUCAACAACCCAGAUGGAGGGGAAUCCAACCCCCCAGGGUGCAGCUUUUUCCUCCCGCAGAACAAGGCCGAAUCCCUGGUUGUGAAGGGGAGAGUCACCGCGACGUUGAUGGAGAGACUCAACAUGCCUUCAGACAAUGCCGAGAAGCUGGCAGAUUAUGUUGUUGGAUCUGCAAAGAAAGUGUUUCUCACGCUUGUAUACAUGAACGCCCUCAACUUAAUCGGAGAACUCCAGAUCGCCGGCUUCAAGGACGAACAUCUUCCAGUGCGCUAUAUCAAAAACUCCACAGGCGCCCCCAUGGGAUAUAAAGUGUGCAGCCAGUACCCUCCGAGUACUUCGAGUCUUCCGUUGAAGGGCUUUACGAACUGGGGACUUCGCAAAAUUGAAGACUUCUGCCACAAACAAUGGAUUUUCCUGUGUCCCGUCUUUGAAGAAGACAAAUUCGUCUAUCAAUUCUGUAAGGAGCAGCGGCUUCCUUUUAUGCCCGCGGAGAACCCUGGCGAGGGCGCAGGGCGUUUUGGUAUCGUUCAGAGGCUUAAACUCCAUCCUGCACAUUAUCAAAGGAGAUCAAACUCAGAGAAUGACGAUCCUAUCGAGGUUGCUGUGAAGUGCCUGCGUCAGGUCGACCAGCCAGCGGAAAUCCAGAAAUUCUACGAGAAGGAGAUGGAAACUUUGCAAAAUAUGAUCACCCUGAACAACAGACAUCUGAUCAAGGCCAUCGCGACAUAUAAGAAGGGAGUACAAAUGUACUUUAUUUUCCCAUGGGCUGACGGAGGCAGUCUUGAGGACCUGUUUCAAAGGGACAAGAGGGAGCUUGAUGAGGCGCUGGUGAAUUGGGUUUGGACCCAGGUUGUUGGGCUGUCGCAUGGUAUCAGCCAACUCAACGGCAAGAAGUUUCGCCAUGGAGACAUCAAACCGUCCAACAUUCUCUGUUUCGGCACCGGUUCUGGGACAUCUAAUGAAUCGAGACUUGUGGUUGCUGACGUUGGUCUUGCAAAGUUUCACGCAGAAUACACUCGGAACCGAGAUAAAAGUACAACGACCAAGCACGGCAGUAUGACAUACGAGCCCCCGGAUGUGUUUCCCAAGAGAGGGAAGGCGAUCCUCUCCACGCAGUGUUACGAUACAUGGUCCCUGGGCUGCGUCUUUCUUGAGCUUGCCAUAUGGCUUCUAUAUGGCUAUGACGAACUCAAAUCCUUCUACGAGAAACUCCGGACAGACCCUAACAACUGCAGGUUCUGGAAGGACGACUACUUACUAGGCCAACGGAAACACCCUGCAGUUAAGAAAUGGAUCAAACAGUUGAAAGGCGAUCUUCGAGAGGCUUCGGCGUUCCGUGCCUUGGUCUUGACAAUCGAGAAAAAGCUGCUGGUAUCGAGAAAGAAGCGAAUGACCUACACGCAAUUGCAUGAUAAGCUUCUACAGAUCCAAGAAAAGGUUUCAGGCAAUUCAAAAUUUCUCUAUAGCUCUGACAUUGUGAAGCUGGCCUCAAUAAGGAGAGCAUCAGCGACCGGCGAACCAGCCGACCAAGGAAUGAUCAAGAAUUUCUCGGUCCAACGCCCCAGUAAACUUCAUGAUAGAUGGCGAAUUGCUUCAGAGAACGAUUGGGAAAGAAGUCUCAUAUGCAGACUGGGCUGGCCAUCGCUGAGGCCCUCAAAACGUACCUCUCAAACCUGUCAAUCUUAUCGCAUAUAUGACUUUGAGGCAUCACGUUCAAACUUGCUGUCUAUCACAAACCACGUGAGAUGUGGCUCUAACGAUUGUUCUUUGUAUCAUUUCAUACGCGUCUGUCUUGCAAAAGUCAAGUCCAGCCCGGAGAAGCCCGUGAUAUACGUCCUCGACGAAACCUCUCACGUCAUACGCAACGCCUCGGAUGAUCGCGCCAUCAUCUCCAUCUACUCAGAUCCAGCUUCUGGAUUUGUUCCAUCAUACGCACGAGUUGGGUUGCCAAUUCUUCCUGAUGCUGGUAGCGACCAGCAAUUUAAGCUCCUGAAUGAAUGGGUAAAGCGAUGUGACACAUCCCAUAAUUGCCUGUCUCAUCAGAAUGGCAUAACUGAAAGUUCUAAGAUGCCUACAAGGGUGAUCGAGGUUGGGAAACGUCGUCUGCGCCUUGUCGAAACGAGCAAUGGCGCCAGCGGAAAGUACAUCGCUCUGAGCCAUUGUUGGGGAAGCCUCACAAAGGAGGAGAAGUUAUGCACGUACCAGAGCAACAUUGAAGCCCUAAAGAAAGAUAUCCCAUACAAGUUGCUUCCUAAAUCUUUUCAAGACGCGGUCAGAGUCACACGUGCUCUAGGCGUCCCAUAUCUUUGGAUAGACUCCCUUUGCAUCAUUCAAGAAAAUGAGGAAGACUGGAAGUCAGAAGCUUCCAAAAUGGAACAAGUCUUUAGCUCUGCGUACUGCACUAUUGCCGCGAGCUCCGCCACUUCUUCUCUUGAUGGCUUUCUCGGAGAACGAAUGCCGAGGGCUUGCGUUACCAUUCAGACUUCUCAAGGUCCGCUAUACCUUGCGGAAGCGAUUGAUGAUUUCCACGGAGAUGUCGAGCAAAGCGUUCUCAGUACACGGGGAUGGGUUUUACAAGAGCGAGCACUUUCUCGCCGCACCAUUUACUUUACGUCAACCCAAGUCUACUGGGAAUGUGGUGAGGGUAUCGUCUGUGAGACUCUUGCCACGCUUUCAAACCCGCAUUCACAAUUCAUCGGCGACUCUCAUUUUCCCGCGUCUGGUCUUAAGUACUAUAAAGAUGAACGCAUACGACUUAUUCAACACUUAUAUGAAGUCUAUAGCAAGCUUCAGCUUACGAAAGCCAGUGACCGUCCUAAAGCCAUACUAGGACUGCAAAACCGACUUGCUUCCACUUUUGGUCAACGGGCUGACUACGGUGUACAUUGGAACUACUCAAGCAGAACACUGCUCUGGCAAGCUGAAUUUUCCGGCAGCUUGUCUCGCAUAACGUAUCGGAAAGGAGAUUCCGUCCCUUCCUGGUCUUGGAUGGCAUAUACCGGCGCGAUUACGUUUAUGAAAAUUCCUUUUAAGGAAGUCGAUUGGAUGGAAAACCCUCAGAAUCCUUUCAGUAACGGAGAUCACAACGGCGUGUGGGAUGGCCUGCUAUGCGCGCGAGCAAAUCGACUGCUCAUCGACAAGAAUGAGCUUAUGGAAAGGGCAGUCCUCGACUCAAACGAUAUCAUCUCUAGCCUGAAGAGUUGGAAGUGCAUUGUGGUUGGAAAAAGCAAGAUGAAGAUGGAAAAUGAUGAUUUCAUCUAUUACGUCUUGUUGACACUCCCGUUAUCAGGCACAACUCGAACUCACGGAAGAGUUGGCGUGGCUUCGCUUUUGACUGCUCACAUCUCUGCGGAGACUGAAGAUGUCUUCCUUGCAUAG